CCGUUCUUAACGACAGAGAAGAAGAAGAGUGAGCGGAGCCGGAAGGACAGAGGCUGACAGAAGGACGGAGCCGUGCCGUGCAGUGACUCUGUUGCUAGCUCAGGAAAGAUGCUGUCCAAUAUCUCUAACGUGCUCAGAGCUUGUGCUCAGAAAAAUGGGGCUGCAGUGGUCAUGUCAGCACGCACAUAUGCUGACUUCACUACCCAGGCUACCUUUGAGAUAAAGAAAUGUGACCUCUUCAAGUUGGAUGAGGCCCCAGCCACCCAGGUGGUUAUGACUCGUGAUGAGGGUCUGCAGUACUACCGCACCAUGCAGACAAUGAGGCGUAUGGAGCUGAAGGCAGAUCAGCUAUAUAAGCAGAAGAUCAUCAGAGGAUUUUGCCACUUGUAUGAUGGCCAGGAAGCUUGUGCAGUUGGUAUUGAAGCAGCAAUCAAUCUGACAGACCACCUGAUCACUGCGUACCGUGCCCACGGCUACACUUACACCAGAGGAGGGACUGUGAAGGAGAUCAUGGCUGAGCUCACUGGCAGAAGAGGAGGUAUCGCAAAGGGCAAAGGAGGCUCCAUGCACAUGUACUGUAAAAAUUUCUACGGAGGAAAUGGAAUUGUUGGAGCUCAGGUUCCCCUCGGUGCUGGUGUAGCUCUGGCCUGCAAAUAUCAGGAAAACAAUCAGCUGUGUGUCUGUCUCUAUGGUGACGGUGCUGCCAACCAGGGUCAGAUCUUUGAGACCUAUAAUAUGGCCGCACUUUGGAAGUUGCCUGUCAUCUUCAUUUGUGAGAACAACAGGUAUGGCAUGGGCACAUCAGUGGAGCGAGCUGCAGCCAGCACAGACUACUACAAGAGAGGAGAGUUCAUUCCUGGUCUCCGGGUGGAUGGGAUGGAUGUUCUGUGUGUUCGGGAAGCAACCAGGUUUGCAGCUGAUCACUGCCGAUCUGGAAAGGGUCCCAUUCUCAUGGAACUUCAGACAUACCGCUAUCACGGACACAGUAUGAGUGAUCCCGGUGUGAGCUACCGCACACGUGAGGAGAUCCAGGAGGUCCGCAGUAAGAGUGACCCCAUUUCCAUGCUGAAGGACCGCAUGCUCAGCAACAACAUGGCCAGCGUGGAGGAGCUCAAGGAGAUUGAUGUAGAGGUGAGGAAAGAAAUUGAAGAUGCUGCUCAGUUUGCCACCACAGAUCCUGAACCCCCACUGGAAGAAUUGUGCAACCACAUCUUUUCCAACAAUCCACCGGUGGAGGUGCGCGGCACGAACCCGUGGUCCAAGCUGAAGUCUGUUAGCUAAAGUUUUUUUCAUCCCUUCAUCUCAUCACCUCAUCCACCCUAUAAUAAAUUGACCCCCUCUCCCCACCUGUCCCAUAUACACACACAUCACAAAAUGUUCCAUAAACUAGUUCCUCAGACCCAGAGCUUAAAGCAUCAGCAGGUAAUAAAGCUGUUUAUUUUAACAGCAGGGGCCAAAUUCACAAAGAUGUUCUGAGAAUUAAACAAACAAAGAUUGACACUAAAUGUUGAAAACCUUUUUUAAAUGCUUACUGUCUUGUCAGUCCGUCCUUUUUACAUUACUUCUGUCCGUGUCUCCAAACAGACACAGUCAAAGAUAUCAGGGCUCAUCAUUCUACCUUUAGAAGAGCCAUUUACUGCCAUUAGUUUUUCUACAGUUUGCAAAGAUCCCAACUUCGAGAGUCUUGAUUUACAACAUAAAUCACUGUAAACACGAAGCCUUACAGAGGGAAAUGUAAAUCAGACGGACCCAGCAGUAAGUUAGAUAAUCUUCUUCCUCAAGUGCCAUUUCAUGAAAUGCUGUCCCAUAUUUAUUUAUUUUUUUGCAAGAAUAUUUACCUAUGAACUAACUCACCAGAUUUCUGAGCUUUAUUCUUAUGUUUAGUAAUUAAAAUCACCAUCCACGACAUUUGUGGGUUAUUUAAUUUAAUUUAUGAAGUACAUUCAUUAAAAGUUCGGAAUUAAGUGUAGAGGGGAACUCAAUAAAUUAGCAUUUUUAAACUUCAGAAGGUUUUGUAAAUCUGGCCCCAAGUGAAUAUAUUUAUCAGAUUCUAAAUUUGUUUGUUUGAUGCUUGGCUCAAGUCAUUUUUGAGGUGUAAUUUAGUCCAUCCACUGUUCAUCUCAGAAAGAGACUGUCUGACCUGUAAAAAUAGCUUUGUACUCUUUAUACUAAGUGUACAGGAUAAAUAAUUCAAUUUGAGUUAAUCAGCUCUUGUCUUUUUAUUUUUAUUUAACCCCUUGUUACAAAGACACCAUAAAAGGCAGCAGGGUAAAGACUGUUGUUACUAUCAACAUUCUCAAUAUGUCUCCAUAUGAUUUUCUUUCUUUAUGCUGUAUGUAAUAAAGGGUAAAGAAUGCCAAGGGAAAGGUUUGAAAUGUUAUAAGUUAUCUCGCCAAACCAAACAUGUGCCUGGCAGAUCUCGUGUUGUUUGGAGGAUGAAUGUGUUUUCUCUUGUUUGUGCCGCACUCCAAGGUGAGCAGGUGACUCUAUGCAUCUAAAUGUCAGAUGUGUGAAGACAGAUGUUCACAGUGUGUGUUUACAUUCAUACGGUUAUGUUGCAGAUACUCAGGUGCUCAGGUGCCUUUUUGAGUUUCAUGACACAAACAUUAACAGUUCAGUUACAUAUAUUUGGAGUAGCACUUAUUCAAUUUCUGGUGUGCAUAUGUGUUAUCCUAAAUAUGUACACUCACAAUUACCCCAAUCUUAACCAAAGGUGAAUGUAAACAUUGUGACUUCUAUUCUCUCAGCUAAGCUUCAUUAUUCCAAUUUUUCAGAUCUAGGAGAGUUGUACAGAGUAUUGUUGGCUCAGCUCAUGGUUUAUCUGUAGCUUUAUGAGCCACUUGUAUGUUUUGCUCAGAAGGUGUUUUGUGAUAUUUUAACAACAGCAGUGGCACAUUAUUGGUUCAAAUGUGCAGGGAUAUAUGGACAUUUUGAGUUUCAGUCUGUUUAUUUUUAUCACGUUCCUGAACACAUUAUUGUGACAAAACUGACACCUCAGGUGGCAAAAUAAAAACAACCUGCAUAUCAGCAUGUACUGCUAGCAGCAAGCUACCCUGUUAGGUUUCACUUAUGACUAUUCAUAAACUUUCUAACAGUCUUUGUAGCCCUGUAAGGGUACCAGAAGGGAAGGGUCUUUUCUCUGUAAUGUGAAAAAUGUUAAAUAAGAAGACAGACUAAAGCUUAAAAUGUCAAUACCUGUCUUAAUACAACUGAAAAUGCCUACAGUGUAUAGAGUAUUUGUUGUGAACUGUUACAUUGAGGGUGGCAUAAGGAAAUGCUCCAUAGAAAUAUUGGUUUUAUGUGUGAGCCACUGUAAUAAAAAGACUAAGGUAUUGUA